UAUAGCCUAUGCGAACGGCACUGACUGUCUAUCUGCCUGCCCCGAUCCUCUCUCUCCCUCGCCUGCUCCUCUUCGCUAGUGUUUGGUCUUCGGUCUGUUGUGUGUAGAAUAGCUCAGCCCACUCAUUGAUUGUCCCUACAUUGCAAGACAAGAAAUUCCUAUAGCCUACAUUUUAUGAUUACCGAUGCACGGACUGUCUGCAUCUCUAUCUAUCGCUAGCUCGCUCUUUCUUUGCUGUGAGUUUUGUUUUUGAAAUAUACAAGGUAAAUAGUUUCAUCCGUUGCAAAAAAUACUGAAUCUUAGGAGUCGAGGAGUCAAUUCCGAAUCUUGACACCCAGAAAUGCGAGUCGGCGGGCAAGGACUCGAGGAAUCGAUGAGGUGCCGUCAACUUCGCCUGAUGACUUGUGUUUGACAGCGACGCUCUGCUGUGGAAAGGGUGAAGAAAAAAGACAAUGGAAAUCUUCAAAAUGGACUAGUUCCUCCUUCUCUUCUGAAGUGCGUUGGGAAUAGCCAAACCUCCUCCAGCCACCAUGAACCACUCUAACGAGUCGACCCCACUGUGCUUUUCCAUCAACAGUCCCCCCUUCAACUACACCCACACCAUUGCUUCCGCCUACUUCUCAUCAGUGUUUAGUGCACUGGGCCUCACCUUCAACCUCAUCGCCUUCGUGGUCCUCCUGAAGUCCUUCCUACGCACGCAAAGCCGGUCGCGCUCCUCCUUCCUGAUCUUCCUCUGCGGCCUGGUGUUUACCGACUUCAUGGGCCUCCUGGUCACCGGCUCCAUCGUGGUCUCCUUCCACUGCACCCAGUUCAACUGGCGCCUCCUGGACCCGCACUGCCACUUCUGCAACUUCAUGGGCAUGUCUAUGGUCUUCUACGGCCUGUGCCCGCUUCUGCUGGGAGCCACCAUGGCCAUGGAGCGUUUCGUGGGCAUCAAUCGGCCGUUCGCCCGCUCGACCAGCAUGAUGACCAAGUCGCGGGCAGUGUCCAUAGUGCUGCUGGUAUGGGCAGGGGCAGGGUGCAUCUCACUGCUGCCCCUGGUUGGUGUUGGGCGCUACCACAUGCAGAUACCGGGCUCCUGGUGCUUCUUUAAAAUUAGCUCAGAGGCAAGCGACAUGGCCUUUUGCCUGCUUUUCUCACUGGUAGGGCUGCUGUCCAUCGCCGUGUCCUUCCUGCUCAAUACAAUAAGCGUGGUGACCCUGGUCAAGGUGUGCUGCAGCCAGGACGCUAGGCAGCGGCGCCGCGACUACGAGGUGGAGAUGAUGGUGCAGCUUAUCUGGAUCAUGAUGAUCGCUUCCAUCUGCUGGUGCCCCCUGCUGGUGUUUAUUACAAAGACUGUGUUUUCGGGGAGCCCACUCCGGAUCCAUUACCUGCUGCUCUUCAUUCGCUUCGCCACCUGGAACCAAAUCCUGGACCCCUGGGUGUACAUCCUGUUUCGCCGUGCUGUCCUCAAGCGCCUCUACCCCCGCUGGGACUGGUCCCAGGGCUCCAUCAGGACCCUGUACCCCUCCUUCGUUGGUACCGUCUGCCGGCUGACCCGUGCCUCCGUGGGCAGCGACCCGCUAGGGGGAGGCGAUGGGGGUGUGUCGGUCAAAGAAGAAGGCAAACCCCAGUCGUUUAAUGUGAAGGCUCCACCUUCACCGCCUUGACUGGUUCCUGUUGUGCAUUGGUGUUUAUCUUCGUCGGUGAAGUUGUUGUUAUUUCAGAAUCAACUUUAUUUUACUUGGUGAUCUAGUGCUGUUAGUGAUAGACAACAUUUAGAAACAGAAUACAGACAACAGAGUUAAAAAAUAGUUUACAUACACUACCGGUCAAAAGUUUUUGAACGCCUACUCAUUCAAGGGUUUUCCUUUAUUUGUACAAUUUUCCACAUUGUAGAAUAGUGAAGACAUCAAAACUAUGAAAAAACACAUGGAAUCAUGUAGUAACCAAAGUGUUAAACAAAUCAAAAUAUAUUUUAUAUUUGAGAUUCUUCAAAGUAGUCACGCUUUGCCCUGACAUCUUGGCAUUCUCUCUUUUCCAACAGUCUUGAAGGAGUUCCUACAUAUGCUGAGCACUUGUUGGCUGCUUUUCCUUCACUCUGCGGUCCAACUCAUCCCAAACCCUUUCAAUUGGGUUGAGGUCGGGGAUUGUGGAGACCAGGUCAUCUGAUGCAGCACUCCAUCACUUUCCUUCUUGGUAAAAUAGUCCUUACACAGCCUGGAGGUGUUCUGUUGAAAAACAAAGUAUAGUCCCACUAAGCCCAAACCAGAUGGGAUGGCAUAUUGCUGCAGAAUGCUGUGGUAGCCGUGCUGGUUAAGUGUGCCUUGAAUUCUAAAUAAAUCCGUGUCACCAGCAAAGCACCCCCACACCAUAACACCUCCUCCAUGCUUUAAGCUGGGAAAUACACAUGCGGAUAUCAUCCGUUCACCCACAUCGCUUCUCACAAAGACACGACGGUUGGAACCAAAAAUCUCAAAUUUGGACUCCAGACCAAAAGACACAUUUCCACUGGUCUAAUGUCUAAUUACUCGUGUUUCUUGGCCCAAGCAAGUCUCUUCUUUAUUAUUGGUGUCCUUUAGUAGUGGUUUCUUUGCAGCAAUUUGACCAUGAAGGCCUGAUUCACACAGUCUCCUCUGAACAGUUGAUGUUGAGAUGUUGUCUGUUACUUGAAAACAUAUAUUUAUAUGUACAUAUUCUUAUUCCAUCCCGUUGGAUUGUGUAUUAGGUAGUUGUUGUGGAAUUGUUAGAUUACUUGUUAGAUAUUACUGCACUGUCGGGAACUAGAAGCACAAGCAUUUCACUACACUCACAUGAACAUCUGCUAGCCAUGUGUAUGGGACCAAUGAAAUGUGAUUUGAACUAUGUGAAGCAUUUACUUGGGCUGCAAUUUCUGAGGCUGGUAACUCUAAUGAACUUAUCCGCUGUAGCAGAGGUAACUCUAGGUCUUCCAUUCCUGUGGCGGUCCUCGUGAGCGCCAGUUUCAUCAUAGCGCUUGAUGGUUUUUGUGACUGCACUUGAAGAAACUUGAAAGUUAAUGACAUUUUCCGUAUUGACUGACCUUCAUGUCUUAAAGUCAUUUAUUUUUGCUUAUUUGAGCUGUUUUUUCCAUAAUAUGGACUUGGUCUUUUACCAAAUAGGGCUAUAUUCUAUAUACCCCUCCCUAACUUGUGACCACACAACUGAUUGGCUCAAACGCAUCAAGAAUGAAAGAAAUUCCACAAAUAACUUUUAAGAAGGAACACCUAUAAUUGAAGAGCAUUCCAGAUGAUGGCCUCAUGAAGCUGGUUGAGAGAAUGCCAAGAAUGUGCAAGGCUGUCAUCAAGGCAACGGGUGGCAUUUGAAGAAUCUCAAAUAAAAAAUAUAUUUUGAUUUGUUUAACACUUUUGUUUUUGUUACUACAUGAUUCCAAAUGUGUUAUUUCAUUGUUUUGAUAUCUUCACAAUUAUUCUACAAUGUAGGAAAUUGUAAAAGUAAACAAAAACCCUUGAAUGAAGUGUUCUAAAACUUUGGGCCGGAAGUGUACAUUAUAUACAACUAGGCAGUGUGAGCAUAGAGCUAUAAGAGAAUGAGCAUAUAUACAAAUGUAUAGUAUCAGUAUGGCUACAGUGCAUUCGGAAAGUAUUCAUGCCCCUUGACUUUUUCCACAUUUUGUUACGUUAGUCUUAUUCUAAAAUUGCUUAAAUAAAACAUUUUCCUCAGAAAUCUUCACAUAAUGACAAAGGGAAAACAGGUUUUUAGAAAUUAUUGUAAAUGUAUUACAAAUAAAAAACGGAUACCUUAUUUACAAAAGUAUUCAGACCCUUUGCUAUGAGACUCGAAAUUGAGUUCAGGUGCAUCCUGUUUCCAUAGAUUACCCAUGAUGUAUCUAUAACUUGAUUGGAGUCAACCUGUGUGAAAUUCAAUUGAUUGGACAUGAUUUGGAAAGGCACACACCUGUGUGUAUAUAAGAUCCCACAGUUGACAGUGUAUGUCAAAGCAAAAACUAAGCCAUGAGGUCGAAGCAAUUGUCUGUAGAGCUCUGAGACGGGAUUGUGUCGAGGCACAGAUCUGGGGAAGGAUACAAAAAUGUCUGCAGCAUUGAAGAUCCCCAAGAACACAUGGAAGAAGUUUGGAACCACCAAGACUCUUUCUGGAGCUGGCCGUCCGGCCAAACUGAGAAAUCGGGGGAGAAGGACCUUAAUCGGGGAGGUGACCAAGAACCUGAUGGUCACUCUGACAGAGCUAUAGAGUUCCUCUGUGGAGAUGGGAGAACCUUCCAGAAGGACAACCUUCUCUGCCGCACUACACCAAUCAGGCCUUUAUGGUAGAGUGACCAGAUGGAAGCUACUCCUCAGUAAAAGGCACAUGACAGCCCGCUUGAAGUUUGCCAAAAGGCACUUAAAGACUCUGACUCUCUGGUCUGAUGAAACCAAGAUUGCACUAUUUGGCCAGAAUGCCUAGUGCCACGUCUAGACAGCCAAGACAACGCAGUAGUGGCUUCGGUACAAGUCUCUGAGUGGCCCAGCCAGAGCCCGGACUUGACCCCGAUCGAACAUCUUUGGAGAUACCUGAAAAUAGCUGUGCAGCAACGCUCCCCAUCCGACCUGACCGAGCUUGAGAGGAUCUACAGAGAAGAAUGAGAGAAACUCUCCAAAUAUAGGUGCGCCAAGCAUGUAGCGUCCUACCCAAGAAGACUAAUUGCUGUAAUCGCUGUCAAAGGUGCUUCAACAAAGUACUGAGUAAAUGGUCUGAAUACUUAUGUAAAUGUAAUUUCUUUAUUAUUAUAAAAAUUAGCAAACAUUUCUAAAAACCUGUUUGUGCUUUGUCAUUAUGGGGUAUUGUGUGUAGAUUGAUGAGGGGGGGGGACAAUUUAAUCCAUUUUAGAUUAAGGCUGUAACGUAACAAAGUGUGGAAAAAGUCAGUGUCUGAAAACUUUCAGACUUUGGUGUUUUCUGAAGUCAACCACCAUUUCCACGGUUUUGUCUGUGUUGAGUUCCAUGUUAUUGCGACUGCACCAGGCCACUAACCAGUCUACCUCUCCACUGUGCAUGGACUAAACACCGUCGGUGAUGAGACCAACCAGAGUGGUGUCAUCUGCAAACUUGAGUAGUUUGACAGAUGCUUUGUUGGAGGUUCAGUGUUGGUGUAGAGUAGAAGUGAGAGCACACAUGCUUGCGGCGCUCCGAGUCUGAGCUUUCCCAGCUUCACAUUUUGCGUCCUGUUGGUCAGGAUGUCAGUGAUCCCACGGACAGAUGGACACGUUCAGCUGGGAGAGUUUUGUUUUGUAGCACUUCUGGGAUGAUGUAUUGAACGCAGAGCUAAAGUCCACAAACAAAAUCCUUGCGUAUGUCUUUGGGUUACCGUGGUGUUUGAGGAUAUAGUGAGGCCCAUGUUGACAGCGUCAUCCACAGACCUAUUAGCUCUGUAGGCAAACUGCAGUGGCUCGAGGGAGCUAUUAGUGAUGGUUUUGAGAUGGGACAGUACGAGACGCUUUAAGGUUUUCGUGAUGACUGAGGUGAACGCUACAGGUCUGUAAUCAUUCAGACAGGACACAUUUUGUUUUUUCAGAACUGGAACAAUUAUGUAAACAGGCAAGAACAGUGCAUUGCUCUAGUAAGUGGUUGAAUAUGUCCGUGAAAACGGAAGAGCUGGUCAGCGCAGUGCUUAAGUGUGUCUGGAGAGACCUUGUCUAGGCCGGCAGCCUUCCUGCUGUACUGUUUCCUAAAGAGUGUUGACUGUGAUUUAUAUUGGUUUUUUUUAUGUGCUGUUUAUAGAGUUCUAAAAGUAGACUGAACAUGGGCAGGGCUGUCGCAUGGCAUUGGAGCUCAGAGCUGGUUAUUCCUGUGCCUUAAGCACAUAGUGGGGCUCCCGAGUGGCGCAGAGGUCUAAGGCACUGCAUCUCAGUGCUAGAGGCGUCACUACAGACACCCUGGUUUGAAUCCAGGAUGUAUCACAGGGCGGUGCUUAAUUAGCCCAGCAUUGCCCGGGUUUGGCCGGUGUAGACCGUCAUUGUAAAUAAGAAUUUGUUCUUAACUGACUUGCCUAGAUAAAUAAAGAAAAACUUAAAUACUGUUGCCAGUGGGGUGAUUGUGUGUGGUGGUAUUAAGCAUUGUUUAGUUGAGAACAAGGAAAUGUAUGCAGUGUGUGGAUGUUUCUGAAGAAUACACAGCCGUCAGCUUCCAUGCCAAAGACCACAAGGCCGUGGCAUAUGUGUGUGCGUGUGAGUAUGCGCUUGAAUUUAUACCUUCAUGUGAAAGUGUGUUUGUGUGUGUGCGUGUACUAACUUUCUCCUGAUGGUAUGAAGCUGCUCUAACAGAGCAACCAAGCACAGUAUUCAUCACCAAAGAUAACAAAGGACAACUGUCAUCGGCUCUGGUGAGGUAUUUAGCCUCCGAUGGAACAGUGCCACAGGUUGGUUGGCUGACUGCCCUUCAGACAGUAUCCCUCACCUGGGCAUAUUUUGACUCAACACUCCUUAUCUGCUUAAUGACUCUUAGAGUUGACCCCCCUAUUCUGUCCACGGGUUCAACUCUGGCUGACUUUCAUACAGUGAAGCAGGGAUGGGCCAAAGAGGCGUUUUAUUUUGUGGAAUGUCAUGGAUUCACUUCCAGGGAGAGAUAUUCCCCAUAUAUGGACAUGAAUGCAUCAUUAUUUGUUAAUCAUGAGCAUUACUCCAAUAAACUCCUCAUUCAUUGUGUUACAAAUCCUUUGAAGGAUAAAAUACAAAGUUCAAUGCGAGAUCAACUUAAAGCCAGGCAGUCAAGUGUGAAAACAGUAUUAUUUAUGUGAGAUGAUGCCAGAAACAAUACAUAUCAUGCUGCAUGUUAGUUCACUGUGCAUGUGUACACUAAGUGUUCAAAACAUUAAGGAUUUGUCGGAGCAUGGGCUCUACAGGGUGUCGAAAGCGUUCCACAGGGAUGCAAUUUAUGGAAAGAGUCGGUGUCCUUAAUGUUUUGUACACUCAGUGCAUAUCUUUGCUUUUGCAAGUCUAAUUUUUAGAAGGAAAACAGAUGGGACUAUGUUAUGUCUGACUGUGUAUAUGGUUCAGAAAUGUUAGAGUAGUAUGUUGUGUCAUGACACAGCAUGUGCAAUGCAGAUGUAGAGUUUAUACAGUGCUCGAACAUUGGCAUGUGUUUACUCCAAGGGGAAAUAAAACAUUAAGAUUAGACCAA